AUGGACCCUGCCCGAAGCGGCUGUGUUCCUUUUUUCAUUUGCUUUUUUUUAUUUGUCUUUUUUUUUUUUCUAUUAUUUCUUUUUUUAAUUUUUCAUUGUCAGCAGCCGGCUCGGCAUUGUCCUACAGGAACGUCUCUGGAAGGAGGACGGAUCGUGGCAAGGGACCAUGCCUUCCGGGCGUUAUCUCUACCCAAUCUGCAUUGUGCCCGCGAAUGUUUCUGGCUGGCCAGCCGUGGCCAUCGGGCCCCGAUCACUCUAGAACCGCGUACGUCUUGCCAGAACCCGUGCCCCCGUUUUGGACACAUACCCAAUUCGGGACAGGAAUUUUAUCGGCAUUCAUCUACAUUCUGCAGUUCUACAUUCUCCGUCUACGGACUCGUCUCACAAUCUCCGCAGAAACAACUGCAUAUGCACAGGCACCCACACAUUGGCGCACAAUCACAUGCACAUACACACGCCUGGCCUUCGAGGUGUUACCGUUUUAGGCCACAUGUUGAUUUAAAGAGUGGGCUCGCACAAGGCCCUGUCAAUUCAGUAGCUCUACGCUGCGCCUCUUUCUAG